AUGCGAGCCGAACGACAGUUCACCGACCCAUCUCGGGCAUUCGGACUGCCCGAGGGCUAUUUUACACAGGAGGAGUUUUCGGCAACCGACUUUAUCGAGCAGCUUUCGCGUGUGGACCUCGAGUUUGCCAAAAAGAACUCCUCGCUCGAGCCCAAGCCGUUUAUCCGCACCUUCGAGCGCGCCCUCGAAAAGCUCCUGGGCUCGCAGGCAGAGCUGUCCUCGACGAUAUCGCAGCUGGAGCGGUCGACCAAGGCGUACUCUGACGACCACCGCAAGAAGAUGGCGCGGCUGAAGCAGACAUUUGUCACUGUGGGCAGCAGCUUCGAGCGGCUGGAAACGCAGAUCAGUGAGGUCGGCAGCAACACAAUCCGCAUUGGCGAGGAGCUGGAUACGGUGGCCAAGGAGAAGGACCGUGCAGAGGCCAUCAAGGAGCUGGUCGGGUUCUAUGCGGAGCUGAAUGAGGGGAACACAGCGCGGCUCGAUGCCCUGCUGGACGGCGGGUCAGAGGGGCUGAUGAAUGUUGCGCACACGCUGCGUCGGCUGAAUACGGUGGUCAUUGACAACGAGUAUAGCGCGCCGAGCGAGUCGACGGCAAAGCGGCAGAUUGAGAUCUACUCGGAGAACUUUGAGAAGAUGAUGCUGGAGAACUUUGAGCAUGCGUACAAAGAUAACGACGUGCACAAUAUGAAGACUGCGGCGCGCACACUGGAUGCGUUCAAUGGCGGAGUGUCGGUGGUCAAGGCUUACAUUAACCAGCACCCGUUCUUUGUGGCCAGUAUGGUCAGCCAGGCGCAGGACUCGAUCGCCGAUGCCAGCUAUGCGUCGAUGCAGGGCAUUUCGGACAUCAAUGCGCCGCCACCACCGCCCGACCGCUGGCUUGAGCAGCUUUAUGACGACACACGCAAGAUGAUGUUCAAGGACUGGACAGUCAUCUCUGAGGUGUUCCCGAGGCCCGUUGAGGUCAUGCAGCAGCUCCUGAAGCGCGUGUUUGAGCAGACUAUUCAGAGCUACCUGGAAACGCUGCUGGGCCGUGCUGAGCGCCAGUCGAAGCUAGCAUUCCUGCGCGUUUUGUCAUCGGCACAUCUGGCUACGCGCAAACUGAUCGAGGACCUGCAGACGUUCGAUGCUGAGACCAUUACACCAGCGGUGACUGUCCUUGAGUCUGCACGCCAGUCUGGCAACGGCAUGCAGGGGCUGCUUGAUAUGCCGGCAACCUCACAGACUGCUGCCACAGAGUUUUCACGCCGCAAGACACGUAAGCAGCCGAGCAAGGGGCGAAAUGGUGCGGCCAACAAUAUGGAGUAUGAUGACGAGUACGAGGACGAGGACGAGCAGGAUGCUGGAGCCAGGGCGCGCCUUGGAGCCGCAAAGUCUGGGCUUAGCUCGGCAAUGGCCAUUGCAGCACUGAUUGGUCGCGGGGAGAGCGAGAGCGCGGCCUCUGGGCUGCUCCACGAGUUCCUGAACCGGUGCUGCGACGACCUGUUCGAGUCAUACAUUGCUGGCGACAACUACAUCAACGCAGAGCGUAUUCACUUCCGUGAUGCCGUGCGCCAGGCGCUACAGCCGUUUGUCAGGGCUCGCGAGGAGCGCCAGACAGCCGCGCGUGGCAAUGCGUUCUUGGGUAUAUUCACCAGCGUGCCGCUGGGAUCCGCCAACACGGACAAGCAGCAGGCCGAGUCCCACGGAACCGUUACAAUCGGCACUGCGAGCUUCUUGCUGCAGAUCCAUGCUGAGACUGUGGCGCGUGCCAUCGAGCUCGAGAGCGGCAGUGCAGUGUCUGAUGCAGUCGCUGAGCUGUUCAGCGUGCUCAUCUCGCUGAUCGGCGACAGCUACGUGUUCCCAGCGCUCGACGACGUAGCCGAGAGCCUGCAAGACCUGCGCCAGGAGCCCGACCUGCGCACAUUCGGCGUGAUCCACGUCUCCAACGUCGUGACGCGCCUCCUGCAGGUGCACUUUGAGCGCAUCGUGCUUCCCUACGUGGGCACCAACUCUCACCUGUACCGCGACCUAGUUGGCGACAAGAACCACCUGAUGUCGCGUGUCGAGACCAGCCUCAACUUCAUCGCCAACAAACUGGUUAGCGCGUGUGUGCAGUGGAUCGCCAGCAUUUUGAACCGGCAGCGGCGGUCGGAUUUCAAGCCAGCCGAAGACGAUGCUGCCAGCUUCCACAUGGGCACACAGUCAUGCAACCAGUGCACCGACUUUUUGGCGCAUGUCGCCGAUGCCUGCCGCGCCAACAUGGACCGGGAGAACCGCGAGCGCGUGCUCGGCGAUAUUGGCUCGGCGCUGUACCGCAUGCUGAUGGAGCACUUCAAGAAGUUCAUCAUCAGUGUGUCCGGUGGGCUGGUACUGCUGCGCGAUGUGGCGCGGUACCGCGAAACAAUCGAUCGGUUCGAGAUCCCAGCGCUGUCGGACCGCUUCAUUGUGCUGCAGGAGAUUAGCAAUAUUUUCGUCGUCAGCUCCAACUCGCUAAAGUCGCUGCUCGAGGAUGGCACGCUGGCGCACGUUGACCGACAGACGUUCCAGGCCUUUGUCCAGAGGCGCGAGGACUACCGCUUGUCGCCAGAUGUCAAGCGCCAUGUGGCGACGCUGUGA